CUGAACCAGUGUAUACCCAGCACCUGGCGCUGCGAUGGAAAAGCUGACUGUGAGAAUGGAGCCGAUGAGGAGAGCUGUGCCCCAAAGCGGUGCACAAACACCGAGUUCCGGUGCAGGAGCGGCCAGUGUGUGUCUUCCUCCUUCGUGUGUGACGACGAGGCGGACUGCGACGACGGCAGCGACGAGGCCUCCUGUCCACCCACCACCUGCAGCGCCACGGCCUUCCAGUGCAACAACAGCAUUUGCUUGCCACGCCUUUGGGCCUGCGACGGCGACGUCGACUGCCCCGACGGCUCAGACGAGUGGCCGCAGAACUGCGGCACGAAUCGUCCCGCCUCCCCUGGCGCUCAUCAGUGCACCUCCCUGGAGUUCCACUGCGGCAGUGGCGAGUGCAUCCACGGCAGCUGGAAGUGUGACGGAGGGGCCGACUGCCUCGAUCGAUCGGAUGAAGCCAACUGUGAUCGUCCGACCUGUCGUCCUGAUGAGUUCGAAUGCGGUGAUGGAACUUGCAUCCAUGGGAGCCGUCAGUGCAACCAUCAAUACGACUGCCGGGACCGGAGCGAUGAAACCGGCUGUGUCAAUGCGACCCAGUGUGACGGCCCAACCAGGUUCAAGUGCCGCAGCGGGGAGUGUAUCCUCGUAUCGAAGGUGUGCGACAAGAACCGUGAUUGCAGGGAUUGGUCAGAUGAGCCUCUGAGGGAAUGUGGCUUUAACGAGUGCCUGUUCAACAACGGCGGCUGCUCUCAUAUCUGCAAAGACCUGAAAAUUGGCUACGAGUGCCGGUGUCCUGCUGGAUUCAGCCUGGUGGACCAAAAACGCUGCGAAGAUAUUGAUGAGUGUGCCAACCCGGACACCUGCAGCCAGAUCUGCAUCAACCAGAUCGGCAGUUACAAAUGCGACUGCGAGGAGGGUUACCAAGUCGACCCAGCGACCAAAGCCUGCAAGGCCAUCGGAACGAUAGCCUACCUUUUCUUUACCAACCGCCAUGAGGUCAGGAAGAUGACCCUGGACAAAAGUGAGUACGCCAGAGUGAUCCCCCGUCUCAAGAAUGUCGUCGCUCUGGACAUGAACAUCGCCACCAAAGAGAUCUACUGGUCGGACAUCUCCCAGAAGAAAAUCUACCGAGCCCAGAUGGACGUGGCCGAAGACUCCACUCGUCACAGCACGGUCAUCGGCAGCGGCAUCGAUGCUCCUGAAGGCAUCGCCUUUGACUGGAUCCAUGGUAACCUGUACUGGACUGACAGCAUCCGCAGCACCGUCUCCGUGGUGACCGCGGACGGCAGCCGUCGCAAAACUCUGUUCAGUCGAGGCUUGUCGAAGCCCCGGGCUAUAGUGGUUGACCCCCACAGCAACUUCGUCUACUGGACGGACUGGGGAACUCCGGCUAAGAUUGAAAAGGGGGGUCUCAAUGGAGGAGACCGCACCGCUCUGGUCACUGACAACAUCGAGUGGCCCAACGGCAUCACACUGGACCUGUUGAACCAGCGGCUCUACUGGGUGGACUCCAAGCUGCACACGCUCUCCAGUAUCGACGUGCAGGGCGGCGGCAGACACACCCUCAUCAUUGACGAACACAAGCUGGCUCACCCACUGGGACUCACUGUGUUUGAGGAGAGAGUUUUCUGGACGGACGUCAGUAACAAUGCCAUCCUCAGUGCAAACAGACUGACGGGCGAGGACAUCGCACCAGUGGCGGAGCACCUAUCAUCCCCGGAAGACAUUAUUCUUUACCACAACCUCAAACAACCUGCUGGGAGGAACUGGUGCCAGGUUUCCAACGGCGGCUGUGAGUUCAUGUGCUUGGCCGCUCCUCAAGUGGGACGACAUCCGCCCAAAUAUACCUGCGUCUGUCCGGACAACAUGAUGCUCGCCAGAGAUAUGAGGACGUGUGUGCCUGCUGUUCCUACAUCUGCAGCUCCUGCGCAGCCUCAGAUUCCACCUACCGUUCCUGCGCGUCUGCCGCCAGCGCCACCUCGGACCACGCCCAGGACCACGCCCAGAACCACACCCAGAGCCACGCCCAAACCCCAGGUCCACACCACCACCGCGGUGCCUGUCGUAAUCACCAGCUCUGCAGCCAAGCCAGCACCGAGCACCACCAAGCCUUUGGUCAGGACCACCACACCCCAGCCGAGGACCACCACACCCCAGCCAGUGAAGCCUAAGAUCCUGCAGACCACCACAGAGGCUCCGGCCACCUCUCCAGACGUGCGACCUGUUUUUGCUACAGCCGUACCCAAGACGGCCUCCCCCACUCCGAUAGCUCUGUACAUUGUCCUCCCUCUGGCGAUCGUCUGUCUCGUGGCGGUUGGCGGCGUGCUGCUGUGGAGGAACUACAGGCUGAAGAACACCAACACGAUUCACUUUGACAACCCCGUCUACCAGAAAACCACCGAGGACCAGGUGCACAUUUGGAGGAGCAACAGCCCCGAUGGUUACUCCUACCCGAAGAGACAAGUUGUGAGUUUGGACGAAGAGGCAGACAAUCCAGCCUUCACGGAAAACUGAGCGACGUGGAGAGAAGACGUCGACGAUAAGCUACCCCUGGACGUCCCUUUUUUGUGUAUUUCUGUUUUUUUUUACCUCACUCAGCACAACUAUAUGGAAGUCAAAGCCAGUUCCAGACAAGCUUGAACCACUAAAUCCUCACAGAUGAACCGGCGCUCCGCAGCGGAGAAACUUUCUUAUCCGAACUGUGAUGAGUCACCUGGAGAACUGUGAUCGUUGAAGCCACAUCACUGCGUCAGUUUGACUGAACCCAACCGGACACAACCCUCUAACUCAUGUUACAUAGAUUUCACAGAUGAGUGUUUGUAAAUAUCACAUAUUAUUAUUUUUGUAUUCCGCCGCCGAUGAAACUUUAUCACAUCUUGAACUAUUUAUAGUUUAAAGCAUCAGUCGAACACUUGGGGUGAAUUGUGCGGAUUCGCUUCCUCGGCUCAGAAUGAAGGCACCUCCACCUGCAGCGUUCAGCUCGGUUUAGCACGAGGAAACUGCAAACGUGGCUCUGUCCGCAAGUUUGAAAAGCCGCCAACAUGCAUCUGAGGAGUCUGGACACAGAACCUGCAGAACCAAGUCAUUUUUACUGUUGUACAGAUUAAAUGAUGAAAUUGUUCAUAAUUAAGCUUUCGAGUUGGUGAAAGGCAGAUUUUUUUGAUUUGUAUUUUAUUAUUAGGACAGAGCCGGGUCGCCUGAUAAUGGCCUUUAUGCACAAUCUUCUAAUAUAACGUCUCAAACUUUUAUUGUUUGACUGGAAACUGGUUUUUAAUCCCACGACAUUGUUCAUGUUAUUGUUAUUGAAGUCACUGCUGUAGGUAACCUCACAGAAACCUCCACACCUUGAAUACUGUACCCUCACUUUAAUUUACUGACCGUUAGCAGCUGUCUGUGAUUUCACACUGCUCCUGCUCCGUUCUAAUGAUUUGUGGUCGACCGUCUAUCCACAGGAGAGACGUCUUUAAAUUCCCUCUCCCUCUCAGGAGGACCAGAGCAUUCCUCAAAGUCGGAGGAGCUUUUGAUGCAGUCACGUGUGACCGCCGGGGCCUCGCCUCGUGCCCUGCACCAGGCCACGUGUGUGUAUAUUUACAUCCUGCCUUAAAAAAAAAAACCAGAACCUCCGUUUGCCUUAUUCCAGCAUUCCUGAGGGAAACAGAGCCAGGGGCCCCAUCGUGGCCUUUUCUAUUUUUUUGAGCUGAUUUAUAUGUUUUUUUUGAUAAACGUGUGCCUUUUUAAAUUUCUUUAUUUGUUGUGGAUGUGCGUACAAUCAAUGUGUCUGCCUGUUUACAAAGGACUGUGCGAGGGAAGUGGCAGCGUUAACGUGCACCCAACAAAGAUGUCGUUGUGAUGUGGGCCCGGGGGGCCCUCGGGGAAAUAAUUCACAAAAAUCAAAUCCACUGACCGACGAGCAGAUCAACUGUGUAAAUAUCAUGUUCAUAAAUGUAAAUAUCUCUCGUGCGAUAUGUUUUUGGUAAGAAUGUCAGCGGUUUAGUCUUCGUUGUGAACUUUCAACAUCAG